CUGGGGAGAGGAGAUGAUUCAAAGGCUAUGGUGUUAUUUACCUGUUGUUGACUGGUUUGAAUUUGGCUCUGGUCCUGUUACUGAAGUCAAAACAGAUAUAUAUGUCACCAGUUUUGGACCUGUUUCUGAUGUAGAAAUGGAGUAUACAAUGGAUGUCUUCUUCCGUCAGACAUGGGUAGACAAAAGAUUAAAAUAUGAUGGCCCUAUUGAAAUUUUAAGACUUAACAACUUGAUGGUUUCGAAGGUGUGGACACCUGACACUUUCUUCAGGAAUGGGAAAAGGUCUGUUGCACAUAAUAUGACAGCCCCAAAUAAACUCUUCAGAAUAAUGAGAAAUGGCACCAUCCUGUACACAAUGAGGCUUACAAUAAGUGCAGAGUGUCCCAUGAGAUUAGUGGAUUUUCCCAUGGAUGGUCAUGCUUGUCCUCUCAAAUUUGGGAGUUAUGCAUAUCCAAAGAGUGAAAUGAUUUAUACCUGGACAAAAGGACCUGAGAAGUCAGUGGAAGUUCCUGAAGAGUCUUCCAGUUUAGUUCAGUAUGACCUGCUUGGGCAUACUGUAUCCUCUGAAACUAUUAAAUCUAUUACAGGUGAAUAUGUUGUUAUGACAGUUUACUUCCACCUCAGACGAAAAAUGGGUUAUUUUAUGAUUCAAACAUAUAUCCCAUGCAUUAUGACCGUCAUCCUUUCUCAAGUUUCAUUUUGGAUAAAUAAGGAAUCUGUUCCGGCUAGAACUGUGUUUGGAAUAACCACAGUGUUGACAAUGACUACACUGAGCAUCAGUGCAAGACAUUCAUUGCCAAAAGUAUCCUAUGCUACUGCCAUGGACUGGUUCAUAGCGGUUUGCUUUGCCUUUGUGUUCUCUGCUCUUAUUGAGUUUGCUGCUGUCAACUAUUUUACUAAUAUUCAAAUGGAAAAAGCCAAAAAGAAGACAGUAAAAUCCCUCCUUGAAUUUCCGGCUGCUCCAAUACAGAGAGAGAAAAGUACAGAAGGGACACUCAUGAGUACAGAUGCCAAUUCAAAUGUGAGGAAAAGAACGAAUGCCACAAUACAGUCAGAAGCUGAUGGUGGGAGCCGAAUUGAUACAAGACACAGUUCCAUCCAGCCUCCCUCUGUAGCUCAGGUGUCUUCUGACAUUACACCCCACUCCCUUUCUGCAUCAAGUCCAAACCCUUUCACGCGCAUCAGUGCAUCAGAGACGUUAUCUUCUGCAAGAGCUACCCCUCCAGCUCCUCCUUCUACCCCAAUUUUAACUGGAUUUGUAUCCCAGCAUGCCACAGCUGGAUCCCCCUCCAUUCAGCGCUUGCUUGGCUCCAGACUGGAACAGAUUCAGACCACCACACCUAAUAUGUUAGGAGCAUCUGCAAAGCCAUCUGCUAUCACACCACCUGUUCCCCCUGCCUCCCACUCUGGCACUAGGCUCAAGUUUCACAGAUAUGUUCUGGGAUCCUUUGUAGGAAUGGCCUUGAAGAAGAGACGGAUGUCAAGAAGCUGAAUAAAGAGCUACUCUCUCUCAACUGUUGUGUACAGUAUUGAGAGCGUGCCAAAACCACACACAACUCUGGGCUCCCUGGCGUUGUAUCUACUUUUUUUUUUUCUUUCGUGUCUUUGUUUUUUUUUUUUAAACUGAUUACAGACUGAGUUACUUGUGACCUUUUCUUUACUAGGCUAAUGGUUAGAGCGCUUGCCCAUAAAAGGCCUCCAAAGAAUCCUUUACAGUUGCAUAUUGAUGUAAGUUCCUAGAUGACAUGAACCACUGUAACCAGUAGGCCAUUUUAGAAAAGAAGAAGCCCUAUGGGAUCCUUUAAAGCAUACUGGAAGAUAUAUUGCUUCAGCAGCCCAACCAAGAUCAUGAAUGCUUAAAGGUGCAUGAUUCAGUCACCUAUGAUCUGGAGAGGAUUUUAGAUACAUUUUUCACAGCAUUUCUGGAGGAACUUACACGCUCAGGGAGCCUUAGCACCAGGAGGUAACUUCAUAUGUUGAGUGCUGGAUUUAGCCCUAAACACUGCUAAGAUAAUGGCUGAUAAUGCAGUUUAUGGGCUUUUGCAAUAUGGGAACUGAACUCAAAUUAAGAAGUAACUUCUACAUUCAAGCUGUACGUGAUAUUAAUGGGCACAGAUCCAAAUAUAGGAAGAUUAAUUUUCCUCAGGGACAUAACCGUCUUGUUAGCUCCACAUCAGCUUUGUGGUGAAAUGCUAGAGUGGUCCUGAUACUUUGCUCAAGGUAAAGAAGUGAGACUUCCUCAGGGUGGAAGUAGCAAGUCAAAAUAAAUCAGACUGAUUUUUUAAAUGGGUCUGGGCCUGUAUGAACAAUUUUUGUUACUGCGAUGCAGCAGCCUCUUUUUCACCACGCAGUUGACUUUGAUUCCUUUAUAUUUUAUUUUUAACCCCCUUAAUAAGGUUCUUUUUUUUUAUGGAAACCAAUUGCAUUUGUCAGACAGUUUGGGCUGGAAGUUGUGCUUGUGAUUUUUCUAAAUUUUUAGCUCCUCUAAACACAGCAUUGCAUCUUUGUUACUCGAUUCAGUGAUUCUCUGUGGGCUACAAAGCAGAGCAAUGCCUUGGAGGCUCUGCUUCAUUUGUUGAAAGCUGCAGGUUGAAGAGGUGGUAUUCCUUGGGGCUGCAGAAGCAGGACCCCAGCCAGCAUUCCUGGCCAGCAUGUAGGAGGUGUUAUGUGGUCUGCUUCCAUGUUCUCCGUUUGGCUGCCAGCCUUUUUAAGAAGCUUUACUGCCUAAGAGUCACUGCAGAUGGAAUUAGCCCUGAACCCCCUUUUCGGUAUGUUUAGCUUCAGCAUAGAAGAUUAAAAUAAAUACCACCUUUGAAGAGCGAGUAUGAUAAAUUUUAUCCAAGAAUUCAGGGAAAGAUUAUAGCUGCUUGGAAAUGUAGCUACUUCAAGGAAAUUUUAUAUGUGCUGCUCUGCUUCUCUUACUGCAAGCCUCUUAAAGUGUGAUUUUAAGAGCCUUGGAUCUUAUCAGCAUUCUGUGCUUUGAUAUGGUGCCUCUUCCUGCAAUGUCUGAAGGCUAGUAUAUUCAAAUACUAACUGGUUUUGACUCCAUCUAGCUCUGAAUGGAAGCAUUUGGUGAAGGGGAAGAAAAGGGAAAUGCCAGGUUUUCUGCUGUGGUGUUGUAAUUAACUGCAGACAUGCAGAAGGUACUAGUGCUUCAUAGCCUUCUUCGGAGCAGAGACCGAAUUGCAAAGAUACUAGCAAACUUGAAAGAGCAAUUGGGUUCUUAAGUGAAUUAGCCAUUUGUUUUUAGUUUAACUGAGUUGCUGGGAGGCCGUGCAGCAGAAAUUGUGGAACACUGAAAGAUUUUGUAUAUCUCAAAACACUAAUUCCUGACAGAAAUGCUUAGCUUGGAAGCAUAGGGAUGCAGAUUUUUUUUUAAAAGCCAGCUUCUGCCAGUUAAUUGUAAACUUAAGCUCCCAGUGCUCUUUAUGAAUUUUACUUAUUCCCUGAGAAAAAAAAAAGUUACAAUUUUAGUUCACUUGCCUGUAACAAAAUUAGUUGACUGCACCCUAGACAGAUCCUUUACUCUUUCGUUAAGAGUCAGGUCAGUAAAUGUUGUCCUUUUAUCUGGUCUUUUAUAAACUAUUUAAGGUAUUUGCAACUGGUUGCUAGAUCAUUUCAGAUCCUCUGAGCCAGAUUAAUUAAGAUGUCAAUCUCAAUGCUUUUGAAUAUGUUUAGCUAUUGUUUGCUUUCACUGAUAUCAGACUUGGGACCAGCAGAUCACUCUGUCUGUCACAGCUUUUUCAAUCAGCUCUUCUAUAAUGUGUUUUAUCUUGUCAUUUUCAUGUUGCUGUCAAUGAGCUACAUUCUAAAAUAUGAGGAAUUAGACUUCUCUGGGCCACUAAUGAGUAAAAUCACAUGAGCAUAAAUGGCCGUCAGUUUGCAAUCACAAGUGUUGAGGUGGAGGGAAGAGGUUGGUGUUGCAGAUUUUGUGAGAUGUGUGCAAAUACAUGUGCUUUACUACUGAGAAAGGCUUGGAGAGAACAAAACUUCAAUGGAUUCUCUAUCCAAGUCAUAUAUGAGCAAAGGUGGCAAAGUGUAAUUAUUAGGCAUAUCAAAACCUAGACAUCAAAACUUUUACUCAUGUUCUGCAUGUGCAUUUUAAAUACUCAGUAAGUGCUCCUAGUAGUCAUUGAAGUGCUGUCUUAGAACAAUGCAAAAGAACUGGAUAUAAACCCUCUCAGUAGGAGAAGAAAACUGUUGUAAUCGGAGACAAAAAUAUAGAAGCUGUGCUGUAAACGUGAGACCUGCUUAGUUCUCUGAAAGAAUCAUUUAACGGCAAAUCUCUGAAAGGUUUUGGCCUGGACGUAGCAAAUGACAGAGAAGCCCUGCUGUAACCCUGAGUAAAGUGGAAAGGAGAGGUUGAGGAAAGAUUUAUGAUAUGUCCUCUUCUCAACAUUUUCCUUUGAGCCACCUUGGGUUAGUCCCUCCAUAGGGUCCUACUCUUUUCAAUCCCUUUCUGAGACCCCAGAAGGAGGCCUCUAGCUCUCGCCUUAAACCUAGGAUAAUAAGCCAGUCUUGGCCUGGAGCCAGGCACUGGCCAUCCCCACAUUUAGAUCCUGAAGUUCCUCACUGUGGUAGGGAAAUGCAACAUCUGAUGCAGGAAACCUAUAGCAGAGUUCAGACGUAAACUGAAGCAGAUGUUAUUUCACCUUAAUACCAUUGCAAAGGCCACUUUUUGUAGGGGAGGGGAGGAAAACAGGUGACAGAGAAGUAAAUGUGGGCAGUGGAUGCGAGGGGGAAAGCAAUCAUGUUCUCAGGCGAUCUUAGCAUUAUUUGAAUAAUGUGCAAAACUACUUGUUUUCCAUGGUACUUUAAGGGCUUGGGGCCACUGUUUUUAUGGUUGUUUUUUUUUCCUUUGCAAGUAUGUCAUGGAAUGAAAGUCUUGCUAACAAGUUUAAAUUGGCUUAGGUAAAGACUCACACUGAAUUCCAAGUUAAAUCCUUAGCUUAGGUAUCGAGCGUCUGUCCCAGCCCACGCUGUGAUCCGAUUGUUCAAUUAACUAAGCAGAAACGGUAUGUGACAGAGAUGGGUUACAAGUACUCAAAGCAAGUGCUGAGGGUAUGAGUCUCAGCGUUCCCUUGGGUGAAAUGGGCUUGUUGUUUUAUGCAGUCUGACUACCGUUACCUUGUACACAUGAAAGUUAAAUUCAUUGAAUAGAGUGUUACAUACUGUGAGUAUCUUUUAUUUCUGUUAUCACAGGAGCAGGGUGUGCUAAAUUGAGCAAAUUGACCAAAUCAUUACUUAAUCAUGUGUUUAAUUCCUUGUUAUGGAUUUUCCCCAGGAGUAGUGGUUAUGCCCUUUCAAAUACAUUGCUGUUGUAUUUUCCUGUAACUAUUUAUUCCUUCUUUUUCACUAUUCAGUUGAUACAUGUUACAUUAUUAUAUUUAAAUUGAGCUGAGCUUACAAGUAGUCAGGUCAGGCUAAAAAUAAUGUUGCAUUAUGUAAUUGAUAUGUUUGUUAAAAUAAUUUUUUAGGGAAACUUGUAUGAAGUGUUUUGCAAGUCAUGAAGAAAUGAGAGAAGUACAGGAGAGUGCCUACUUCAUCUGCGUUAGAGCUACAAAUCCUUACAGUGGCCAAAACAUAGUGGUCAAAAAACACCUAGUUUAAUCUCAAAUACUAUUUUUUCAGUUAGGCUUUGUCCCAUGUACUGUUUCUAUUUCUCCAUUCUCCCUGUCCUGUGAUGUCCACUGUUCCUCUCAGAUCUCUCUUUAUAACUAAUUCCCUCAACUAACCUAAUAAUUGACUUCAAUGGGACGUGAGGGCAUGCUCAAGGGCUCUCCUGAACAAGGAUGCUCUAGUUAAUCAGGAUUGAAAUUAUCUGUAGAGCAAAUAACAUUUAUGAGGAAUUUUAUGAGUUACAAAUAAAUGCAAGAACAAUUUGUUGAUGUUCAUUCUGUCACAAAUAACUUUAUUCAUAGAUUGUUCAAUCAGCUAGAUGAACCUCCCUCAUACCUGGUGUGGAAAUAACACUAUUUACAUAUUCAUUUAGGAGCUUUUGUUGGCAUGCCCCAGUGCAGUAAUUAUACUCUGCAAACCAGUGUUGAACACUGAAACAAAGAUACGGUUUUAUUCUUUUCUUAGUCUCAAUGCUUUUGGUUCUUUUUGACUAUCUCUGUACUAGAAAAUUAAACAUCGAAACUAGUCGCUAGAGUGGUUUUGGCCUGCACUAGCUAGCCAGGGGGUUUCCGGACACAGUUUAGGAGUUUUUGAUGGGAGCAUUCUCAAUAUAUAGUCUGUGUGCACCUCUCCUCACUGGAAGGUAAUGAAAUUUAAUGGUGUUAUUCAGAUCUGUGCCAGCUGGCCUCAGCAGCAGAAAAAGGUGCUGGGCAGGUUUAGCCUAGCAGUGUAGGUUCACCAAACUGUAGUGGGGUAAACAAAAGUCCUUAUGUUCCUUAAAGUAAAGGACUGUAAUUUUGUCUGUUCACUAAGCAGGUGCCACAAAGGAGCUUUUUUGAGUUGAAUUGCAAAUGUAUGGAAGGGUCCUACAGACUCCUUUACUAAAAAGAGACUUUUUAAAAAAAUACUUGCACAGGAAUUCCCCACAGGGUAGCUGAAAGUCAAAUGUAACUACCAUUAGAGGCACUGUUGUAUGCCAUUAAUACCUGGUUUUUUUUUUUUUCAAAAUGGACUGACAUAUAUUACUACAGUUUGGUCCUUUUUAAAGGCUUUUUGUUGUCUAGACAAUAACCCUCACACAUUCCCUCAAUUUGAGAUAAAAGCCAUUUAUUAUCUCAGACAUCACAUGUAAGUGAUCUUGCUAGUGCCAUCACAUAUGCACUUCACAGCCUGUGACUGCAUCCAAGCAGUGGCAUACACAUAAAUCACCUGAGACAUAGCAUAAUUUAUUCCACCUAGACUAAGUUACAGUGAUAGCUCCAUGAAUCUUCAAGCACAUGGCUGAAGCACCUCUAUUUUAGAGAGACUCUGAACUUCUUACAGCCUUCCAGGUGUUCCCAGGCAAUCCUUCCAGCCCUUGUGUGCAGAUGGCUAAUUUCACUGCCAGUCUUUCAGCAGGUCAGUUGAGUCCGCUUCAUUGUCAGUAAACAUAAGGGAAGCACUGGAGUUGUUUGGGAACUGAAAUGUUUCACAGACUGUGAUUUCACCAAGAAAGAUGUCAUCAAAAAUUAAAUUAUUACAAAUAUUCAUUUUAAGUGAUAGUGUUUGGUUUUAUUCUUGCUAAAAAGUUGGGUUUGCCAAACAAAGACACAGACUGAAAAAUAAAUCUCUAAAAUGGCCACAUCAACAAGAACAAGCUUUUCAAAAUUUCUGUGAAAAUACUGUCAAUUUUGUCCAGUUCUGAUGCAAAAGGACAGAUGAGCAAAACAGCCAAUGGAUGGGGAUGUGCAAGCCCUGUUUUAAUAAACUUUGGUUACUUAUUCUAAUAACAGAAUUUUAAGUGAGGGAUUGCAUCAGCUUGCAGACUUACAGAUCUAAUACUGGUGAUAGAGAAGGAUAACCUUCAAAAUGUAAGAAAAGGAAGAUGUCUGAAUUGAGCACAAGUCUUGUUGUGCUCUGCAGUCACCUUUGAUUAGGUCAAGGAAUGUAAUUAUUUAACCCUGUAUACUUUUUGUGACUUGUAGAGUACUGAUUUUUUUUUUAAGCCUCUACAUGGCUGUGCUUGUUUAUUGAAUGUUCUGGCACUGACCGCUCCUGAGCCUAUGUUUAGACACAUAAGCAGUGACUUUAAACAGAAGUGUAUGCCUCAUAUGCUUGGCUGAAUCAAAACUCAGAUAAAUGUGAGACUAAGCUUGUACAAACAACACACAUUUAUAGAUCAGUUGCCAGACUUUUGAACUGCCUGAUACUAUCCAAUAUAAAAGUAUUGAUAUUUGCACAGCUUUAUAGUUAGACACUAACUCCAUGGAAGUAUCAAGCAUGAACCUCUGUUGGUUUUAGGAGGAAUUAGGUGUUUGUAGAUCUGGCCUGAUGAAUAGAUCUAGAAUAUCCAGUGUACAGGAUACUGCAGCUAUCAACCCUAGAUGUUAAUAACAGAAGCAAAUUUAAAUUUGGAGGAGGUAAGGACUGAUAAACCAUAGGAUAGCGUUCUGUUUAAAGAUUGCAUCCUUAAGUGAGGCUGGAAAAAAUAAUUAAUCAGCUUUUAUAGCAAAGAUAUUUACAACAGAGAAAUGGAGUAUCUUGGUAAGUCAAAUUUUUGGGGACGUUUGUAUAUACAACACAAAAUUGGAGAAAAGGAACUUAAAAAUCAUGUAAUGUCAAGAUGUGUGAUAGAUACGACAUGAUAAAGUGUGGUUAUAAGAGUGACCUCAGCUGGAGCUAACGUUUCCUAAUCUGAACUGAAUAGCAAGCAUAGCCUAACUUACUGUUGCAGCAUGUUGAAAGAUACAUUGGUUUCCAUCUGGGAAGCUGCAGUGGUGGCACUUUUUUAAAGAUUUCCUUCUAACAAGAAGCAAUUUUGCAGCCUCAACUAUGGUGGAAAUUAUCAAUGUGAAACACUGCUUUACCUUUACUUAAAUGAUAUAUUAUGCAAACUGAAAACCACAAUUUAAGGAAACAAUUAAAAUCAGCUUUUCCCAUCCUUGAAUGGGAAGUGUUAAGGAAAAAAAAAUCAACCCUGAAGACUGUUGACUUCAAGCUGUUAAAGGAAAAAAGCUCUUUACCUUCCUCUAUUUCAGGACUUCCUGAAUUAGCAUUUGCCAAUAAAGACAUGCCUUGUAUAGGAUCCUUAAUAUGAGGCCCAUAUAAAGCUCAGAACAAGUAAUUAAUGUUAUACUCUUACUGAAAACCUUUGUGAAGAUGGUCAGUACUAUUGAAGAGGUAAAGCCAAUAGUGAACAAAUUACUUCCGAGCUGAACUGAAAGCAGACUCUUACUUUGACCAAAAGCGCUACACCUGCUUUACGUUUAUCAGCUUCUGUGCAAUGCAGAGCUCCAAGAUAAAUGAGUUUUCUGCUUGAAGGAGGCAUUGGAGAUACUGAUACUGCUGGGAUUGCACAGGCCUUUCCUCUCUCUUCCUUGAGGAAGCCUCUCUGCACAUUAUACAAAGCUGUCACCUAAAUCAGGCUCUGUUCUUUCUGAGCAGAAAAGUUUGGAAGAUAGGUGAAAGUGGAACAUAGGCAAAAGCCACUCAGUUUCAAGAAAGUAGUACCUUGUCUGAGACAUAUUUCUUUUUGCCUCAGGAUUUUAAACAUCCUGAGGAAUGGAUAUUUUGGAAUCUACGUGGCUUGGAAGCAGCCGGGGCCUCAAGAAUGCUCCUUAUGUUUUUCCAUACCGAUUUAUUAAUCUCAAACUUUAAAACUCAGAAGAUGGCAAGUGCUUCUACAGUUGAGAAAAUAGGGGCAUCACAGGUGGUGACAAUACUAUGCCCCACUUCAGGAACACGUUGUAUGCAAUCAUCCAUCUUCAUUGUGUAUUUUGGUAAUUUUAAGCAUAUGUUUAUAUCAUGUUCCCUUCAUAUGCUUUCUUGAUCAUCUGUACAUUGAAGAUUAGCUUUUGGUCUUCUACUUUUUAACUAGCAACUCAAAAUCAUGGGUUGGCAUUCAUGCAAAGAAGGAUAUGUUUGACAUCUGGAAAAACCUGCUAGCUGGAAUUGUAUUGCAACAUAGCAAUGUCUAGGGACUUCUUGGAAUCUUUGUCGUUGCCUGUUCUGUAUCAGAUAUACUCUCGUGCUGCUGUUCCUGCCUGGGAUAUGAGCCUGGAUUAAGUGAUGUCUUAAGGGCCAUCCUUGAGGAAAAUCAGGUGUAUUUCCUCUAUUCAGAAAAAAAGUAAAUCAAGUGAAAGUUUUUUAUUAUUUUGAUUCAUAUUUUUGUGAAUACAACUUCCUGUGUUUUCUUAUGAGUUUCUUUAUUGUGAGGUCUCCUGCUACUAUGUCUUGAACACGCAGUGUGACUUGGUGACUGGCAGUUUAUAUGCCUAGCCUUUUUUUCUGAUUCUAUUUAGACUCUGUGUCUGUCUAUUCAGUUUACUGAUCAAUUAACUGAAGUUGUGUGUUACUAUCAAAAAUGAACACCAAUGAUAUGAAUGUUUGGGGGUGGGGUGUAAACCUGGGCUCUGUCAGCUUAAGACAGUGGAGUCAAGGCUGUUAAUCAACUCCUGUUAUCGCUUAAUCCUUCCUGCAUAAUGGGAUAGGGGACAAGAAGAGGAAAUUGGGUGCAUUGGUAUCCUGUGUUCUAGGAAAUAUUUUUAACUGCCGAACUAAGAAUGCAUGUCUUUGUUUAGGAUUGUGUUUCUUAUUUAAGACUUAUUAUUUAGGGUUGUUUUUAUGUUGGCUUUAUUUAGGGCUGGGUACCAAAUCCUCUUUAAUAGACACUGACAGUAGAGUUUAUGAGAUAGUUGUUUGCAUAUAAUCAUCUGGUCUUUGGGCUGCCCUCUGUUUACUAAAAUUAUAAUUCACUGUGUCUCCCACUGGACAUAAAUUUGUAUAGAGAGGUACGGCCGUAAGCACUGAAAACAUGGUAAAAGAGCUGGUAAUAAAAAAUGUCUUUGGAUUGAAUUAACAUACAUCAGUUCUCUUUAAAUUUUGUGAGAACAAAAGUGUGUCUAUAAUUAAGAUGUUCAAUUUGCAGACUAAACUGUGAGGCACAAUGGGUGAAGAAAACUGAGCUGAAGACAAAUUGAAGUAAGACACUCAGAAAUUUACAUGAAGAUGACACCUCGAAUUUCUUUAACAAAAGAAAAGGAAGGAUCAGGAACUUGGGAUCCAAAAUAUUGUAGAAAAGGUCUCCAAAUCUUUUUAAGUGAAUAAACCUCCCAAAAAGGAUUUGGGAAGUACAAAGCAUGCCUUCCAACAAUCCAAGAAGGGCUGAGUAUUUAAGGUAAAAUAUACCUUGGAGGUCAGAAAGUGAGUGGAUAAUGGGAAUCAUAAGUAGUCCAACUGAGUUAGACAUUCAAAGGGAAUUAAAACAAAUGGUGAAAGAUUUUUUUGCUCAGUAAAUAAGGGAUAAUGACCUUUUACAUACUAUGUUAAAAUAGUAUGAAGAAGGAGAAAUAAUACAGGGAAAUAACAGAGCAAGACAAUUGUGCUGAAAUAAUAUACAAGUGUAUGAGUGAAGUCAUGAGGACAGAAUAUCUACCCAUGAGCAAGAAUUGCAGAUAAGUUUAUUACUGAUAAAGAAAUGUAGUUUCUUAAUUAGAAGACCUCAGUAUAAGUUUAAUUGAUGAAAGUCAAAACUUGUGGGUCCUGAUAGUGGAGAAAGUAUAAUUUGGAUGCUGUGAUAGCGUUGUGAAACAAGAAGCAAGCAAUGUGGCUUCAUGGAGAGCUGUGCAAACUUGGAGGGAGGACUGUCCGCCACAGGUAGAAAAUGAAGAAGACAUUUGCAAGAAUGAUAAAGGCACCACUAAA